AUGUCGACACCCUUCUCAUCUACAGCAACUUUUCAUCCUCCACUCAACCUGAACGUCCCUGUAACGCAAAACACAGCGCCUGUAAUCAAGUUCCGAUGCCUAUACACCUACGACCUACGACGCAAAGCCAAACGCUGGCAGGAUGGUUAUCUUAGGUUCCACACGUUUAACAAACGGGUUAUGGCUUAUGACACAACUGGUAACUUCAUUGGGGAUCUUCACUGGCGACAAGAUGAGAGCGUACAGGACGGUGACGAGUUGGAAUUAGACCGAGGCGUAUUGAUUCAGGUCUGCGAGUCGGUGGAAAAAACGGAGACCGACUUGGAUGUGUGCAUGACAGCUUAUCAUGUGCCCCCGAAUCUUGAAUUCGCUCCCUCCGCUUCCACACAGUUCGCCUUAGAUGAGACGGCUGGUGCUUCUGAGUCCCACGGGGACCAAAAUACUCGGAUACAGGGCAUUCUAUCCACUAGGUCUUCAGCCGGGCUCCGCAAGUCGUAUUCUGACCCAACCGCUUUGACAACCCUUCAUGGCCUGCAACCUCGAUCCACAUCCUCAAGGAGCCGACUAAACACCCACUUAGAUGAGGAUACAGCCCAUGACCAAGGCCCAUGGACUUCCGAAGCACUCGAUCUCUUCGAUUUUUGGCCUCUAGGACGGCCAAAACCCAUUUAA